AUAUCAUGCUUUGAAAAGGGGAUAAAGAAAUGUCAGAGCUGGAGAAAAUACUUCUAACUUGUUACAGAGAAAGUCGUUAUUCUUUAAUCGAAUUAUCACCCAUGGCUAUCUGAAAUUGCAAUCUUUAUGUCAUGAAAAACCCUAUAUCUCAGGUAUCAGGCUCUUCAUACUCUUCAAGCUUACAAAUUUCUGAACCUCCUGACAUUAAGGAGUGGUUUGCAAGUUACACUUAUCAAUCGCCUGUAUUGGACACAAAUGAAGACUUGUGUUUUUCUCAUGGGUUUGAUGAUGAAGAGAAUGGAUUGUAUGUUGAAGACAGUGAGUAUGAAGAAGAGAAAAUCGGUGUAGAUUUGAGAAAGCGGAACCACUCUGGCUUCCUUAAAUCUGCUAAGGAAACUAGGAAGCAUGAAGUUCCAUCUCUUCCUGCUAGUGAGGUUCCUGGCUAUCCAGAAUUGCUCUCACUUACAUCUGAGCCUCCUGACAUCACGAACUGGUUCUCUAGUUAUGUAUACGAAUCUCCAGAAUUAGAUAGUUCUGAUUUUGCUGCUUCACCCUCAAAUCGAUACACUUUUAGUAAUAAGGGCAAUGGAAAGGAAGAUCUUCCAAAGGAAUCACCUGAGACAAAAAUGAAAGAUGAAAUACUUAGCUGCUCCGAGACAAUUACAAGGCAUAGUGAAAUUGAGAACAAAAACCCUUCUACUCUCCGGGAGGAUGGCUCAGAAAGAGGCAACAUGUCUUCUGAGAAUGGUUGGUUUUCUGCAAGAACUUAUAAUCCAAGGACUUAUGCAGAAAAAAUCAGUGAUUGCGAUACCAACUCAACUAAUUCUGGUGUAUGCCCAAGAAUCAAAUCUGAAGAUAUGACGGCAAUAGUGCAUGCGGAGCAACUAUUGAGCUGUAAAAGCCAUUCGAGAUUGCCAAUAAAAAUUUCGUUCAAUGUUGGUAAUGAAAGUGAAAAGAAGGCAGGAAAGAAAUUUAAAGCUGCUGCAAAUGAGUCUGGCUGGAUUUCUGUAAAUGGAAAACCAAGAGUAGAAAAUCGCAGAAGUAUAAAAAACGAGAUGAAAGAAUACACAUCUGCAGAAACUGAGCUCAGUUUAAAGCGCAGAGCGAACACAAGGGAAAACAAGGAGAAUUCUCCUGUAAAGUCGGGUUUAUCUUCUGAUGGGCAAAAGGGCGGCAUAUUGAGAAGAAAGAUCCUUAGAGAAACAACGAACUUUGAGCAUUCUCGUGUGCCUGUGGUUUCUGGAAAAUGGAGGUGUCCGCAGAAAUGUAAACCAGACUUAGGACCUCCUUUGAAGCAGCUCAGACUUGAGAAAUGGGUUCAGCGGAAAUGAGAAGUUUUAGUCAUUAGUCAUCAGAAAUGUAAGCUAGUUAAGCAUAAAAGAGCACCAAAAGAAAAUGAAGUAUGAGUUUUUAGAAUAAACACUGCUCUUAAUUCCCACAUUUCCAUUGCAAGAAUGUAGGCAAUAUCAGUUGGGAGUUUUGGAUUGUGCUUAGUCACUGCUAAUGAGACUUUUCAUCAGAACUUUUGUUGAUGAACACCGGCACGUGAACUCUACAGCCCUCUUUAUACAAGUACUUCCUCCGUUCCAUAAUACUUGCUACAUUUUCUAUUUUUGGCAAUUUCAUAUUACUUGCUACAUUUCCGUUUUUAGUAAUAAAACAAUCAUUUAAAGUUCUAUCUACCUCUAUUUUUAUCCUACUCUAUACUCUAUACUCUAUAAUAAAAUAUAUACUAUACUCUAUAAAGUAACCUAACAACCUAUUUUUCUUUAUUCUUUUUCAAUUAACAAUAAUAAAAUACUAUACUCUAUAAAGUAAACAAUCAGCUACAGUGUAGGUCAAUCACUUUUCUUAAUUCCCGUGCCCAUGCAAAUGUAGCAACAAUUAUAGAACGGAGGAAGUAUAAGCUAACUAAUAAAGGUAGGAAAUAAUUUACACAUAUUCACCAAAUAUUACGUUUCCUAAUUUAACUUAGGAAAUAUUUUACUUUUCUGUACUCCCCCUCAAGUUAGAUUGUAGGGUUCAUCAAGGCCUAACUUGCAUAUUGCAUUGUCAAAAGCUUUGAAUGGUACCGCCUUAGUGAGGAUAUAUGCUAGUUUGCCUUUUGAUCCGACAAAUGGAAUGUUGAUGACCCUAUUUUCAAGUGCCAACCUUGCAUUUCAUUCUAAAAUGAAGCUUCUUGGUGUUGACUAUCACUUUAUCCGCAAACGCGUCCAAGGUGGAAGAAUAGGGUUACUAGUGUUCAUCAAGAUGAUCAACUUGCUGACUUCCUCACAAAACCUAUUGCACUUACCUCUAGGUAGUCCAUCUUGAGGGGCAUGCUAAGGAGAUCACACUAAUUGAACCCCAUUGAUAGCCAACGGCUAUAUUCCAUUAUCAGAAGAUUUUCGCUUUAAUAUUCCAUAUUACAUAUCUUCCCUGUCUAUAGCAAUACUCUUGUAAUCUUGUCUUGCAUUUUAUAUGUGAGGUUGUCUCACCUUUUUACCAUUACAUUCGCCCAUUGUGAUAAAAUACAUUCAUAUUUUUAGUUAAGUUGAUGCAAACCAUAUAGUUUGUUUUUAGAACAUCUUAAUUAUUAUGGAGCAUUAGUGAUUAUCUAAUAAUCACCAUCCUUUAUUUGGA